CGAUAUCUCACAAUUUUCAAAUGAUCUGCCAGAGCGAGGCCCACAGAUGUCACUUGGCAAUACAGGACUACUCAACCAGGACCCAGUGCAUGACCGUGCUCCUCUUUAUGGACAACUCCUUCACACCUACAAGUGGUCGGAUAAGCUGCACGAAUAUGCAGGAGUUGCUUCAUCUAUCUUAAGUUCCAAUACACUGAAACGCUCCACAACUAUGUCCAGCAUUGCAACGAAGCGGCUGCGCAGGCCUGGUCCAACCAUACAUGCAGUGCCACAGCAUAAUGUGGAUAGUCUGGUCUCAAGUCUUGCACUUCUCUUUCCACAAGAGAUGACAGUUCAACUUAUUAGGCCUAUGGGAUCCUCUGCUAUAUUGAAGAUCACGUUGGGUCAGACCCUGAGAGCUGUAGUCGUGCUUCGCAGCCUCAUCAUAGAGUGGGUCGUCGUGAAGGCCAUCAGUGAGGAUCACCACGUCGACGACCACAAGCCAGAGACCGUCUGGUCCAGCUCACGCUACAAGGUGUUUCAGAAGGUGACGGACCAUGCUAACUCUGCUAUGCUACAUUUCUACUCACCAAACAUGCCAGAGUUGGCAGUCAAGUCUUUCAUGACAUGGUUCAGAAGCUAUAACACGUUGUUCAGUCAUCCGUGCCAGCGAUGCGGAAGGCUUCUCAGUGACAAUCUGCCUCCGACAUGGCGCGACUUCCGCAACACUACGGCCUACCACGAGAACUGCAGACAGUAAAUGUGACCAACUAACAGGGUGCGAAAUUAACGCGAGUCCAGAGUCAAAUACUCCCUGAUUUACUGUCGGACGCCCCGAUUUGACAUAUGCAGGAGUCUGUGUUACUCCCUCAAAGUAAUGUAAGUAACUAACUAGUUCGUUCCAGAGCAAGGCCUCGCGGAAUUACCGUAUUUUCCCAGCAAAUGACCAAAGAAAAAUUGGCAGAUGUGCAAAAUGCAACGUUAUUGUUAAUAUCUGUAAUUUUGAACUUCAGACUCUGGACUCCCUCUUUUUGAGGGUAGGGAGCCGGUUGGACUCCCUUGUUAAAAAGUUAAUUUCUACACCUGAACUAAUAUAACUGAUAUUGCAUAUAGAAAAUCACUUCAAUCUUUGGUGUGUAUAACAUAAUUUUUAAUCAUGCCCUGGCAUUGAAACGAUUUGUGAACGCUUUGAGAAUGGCAGCUGUAAAUAGGCAUGUAAAUAAAUAAAGGAACAGUUUUCUGCUGAUCA